AUGAAUUUGGAGGAUCGACUGAGGGAGAAGGAAGCCACGGUGGCGUCCUAUUGGUUGCGCCGGCUCGAGGCACAGCACGGCAAGCGCAAGCAAAAGGAAGCCGUGCUGCAACAGCAGCUGGGCCAAGCACGUGCCGAAGAAUCCGCGCUCAGGAAGCAGGCGGAGGAUUGCGUGCGCCAAGUAGACGACGUCCUGAUGUUGGUGGAGGAUUCUGCGCAGAGUGCACAGCCUGUGCCACGAAAAAGCAAGAGACCGUCAAAGGAUCCUGCUCAAACCCCCGAGUCCCCAAUAUCUGG